AUGGGGUCUCGGCGGACGCCACUGGCCACCCUCUACCUGCUGGGGUUGCUGGCCACGUCCUGCCUCGCGGAGAACGCAUGGGAGAAUGGCGAUCUCCAGGUGGAGCUACACGGCUCAAAGUGCCAGGGCCAGCUGAGAGUCCACCUUAACGGCACAUGGCACACAGUGAGCAGCCGGAGCUGGGACAUGGACACCUGCCAAUGCCAGCACCUCUGUGUGGAUGGAGCCUCGGCACUCUGCUCGAGGCUGCGUCCCCACAAUCAGAUCAUCUGCCACGGAAAAGUGGGGAUUUUCUCCAACUGCAGCCAGGAGAAUUCCCACCAGGAACCUCUGAACCUGAUCUGCUUAGAGCCCAAGAAGAUGCCGCCUUCACCCACGCGCACCCCGGCCACGACCACUCAGAAGCCCACAGUUUCUCCCAGGCUGCAGCUAGUGGCGGGGCCCUGGGGCCUGCGGUGUGCCGGCGUCGUGGAGUUCCACAGCGGCGGCCUGGCCGGCGCGGUGAGCUUCGAGUCCCAGGACAGGACCCGAGACCUGGGGGAACGCAUCUGUACGGCUGUCCACUGUGGCUCCUUCUUGAAGUACCUGCCGGAGGCCGAGGCAAUGGGGGGACCUCACCCAGGCAAGAACCAGCCCCUGUCCAUUCAGUGGAAGCUGGAGAGCACCAGUUGCCCUGUGCUGGAGCAGUGUUUCCGGGAGGCCCAGUCCCAGGAGGGCGGCCGAGCGCUCGCCGUCCUCUGCUCUGAUUUCCAGCCCAAGGUGCAGAGCCGCCUGCUGGGGGGCAGGAGCCAGUGUGCCGGCUCUGUGGAGGUUCGCCAGAACAAGCAGUGGGCAGCCCUGUGCACCAACACCUCGGUCAAGGGCAUGGCGAGGUGGGAGGAGGUCUGCCAGGAGCACCAGUGUGGCAAGGUCGUCCAGGUGCUGGCCACCAGCGAGACUCCCAGGGGGCUCUUCUGUCCCCAGGAGAAGCUGUCCGAGUGCCACCAGCUUCAGGAGAACACAAACUACUGCAAGAGGGUAUUUGUCACAUUUCACCAGAAGAAGCAGCGCCAGUGGAUCGGCCCCACGGAGAUGAACCAGAACAUGUCUUUCCAUCGCAACCACACGACCACGGUCCGCCGGUCGCAGGCGGACAGCCCCGCGGUCCACGUGGAGAACGAGUACAGCCAGCCCCCCAGGAACUCCCGCGCCUCGGCCUACCCAGAAACUGCACGGGAAGACUGGGACCCCCACCUCGGGCUUCUCGGGAAGGCGGGCAAACUGUCGUCCCUCACUAACCCAGCAGGGGGCAGCAACGCGCCAGGCUGA